UUCUUUGCAUAAUUCGGCAAAUAUUCAUUGUCACUUUGUUCCUAACUUUAUCUUAUACAAUUAUAUAUAAUCCUUAUUGCAUAAACAAUUCCAGAAAUGUCAAUAACUCCUUAAAUUGAAAGAGAGGGAGAGAAGACUCGAAAGAGAAUACAGAUUAAUUAUGGAGUCCAGAACCUUGAUGCUCCACACACUAUCAAUUAUCACAAUAUGGAACUUCUGCUACAUGGUAAAAGUUGCAGUGUCAGAUCCAGGAACCAACUUGUUAAACCAAGGCUGCAGCACCUACAACGUCUCCAGCGUAUCAAACUUCAACACAAACCUGAACGCCAGCUUCAGAGACCUGAGGACGCAGCUCGAUAGCGGCAAACGUUUCGCCACGACUGAACAGCUCACCGGAGCAGACGGUGUUUAUGCUAUGAUCCAAUGCAGAGAUUACAUGUCCUCUGCUGAUUGUAUUUCAUGCUUCGCUGCUGCUUCUAACCAAAUUCGCAAUUGCUCCGCCGCUAACGGUGGUCGUGUCGUCUACGACGGUUGCUUUCUUAGGUAUGAGAGAAGUGAUUUCUAUGGGGAGACCACGCGAGAUGCCAAUCGUGAGUACUGUGGGAAUCGAACUGCCUCAUCACCAGCUACUGAUUUCCAAACAGCAGUGGAAAGGUUGCUAGGUGAUCUUGAAAUUGCGACACCAAGGAUAAAUGGUUUCUUUGCUGCCAGCAAGAGGGAAGUUGUGGGUACCAGUAAUGCAUCAGUUUAUGCUGUUGCGCAAUGCGUUCAGACAAUUGACAUGGCUGGUUGCUUAGCUUGCAUGCAAACAGCUUACAGAAACCUUCAGAGAUGUCCUCCUAAUGCAGAUGGUAGGGCAGUUGAUUCUGGGUGUUUCAUGAGGUAUUCAGAUAGACCCUUUUUUGCAGAUAACCAGACUAUCAAUCUUGAACCCUUCUUGAAAACAGGAAGUUCAAGCGCAAAGGCACCUAUUAUUGGAGGUGUGGCUGGGGGUGUAGGUUUUAUUUUGCUGCUUACUGUGUUAUUCAUUUGGUUUAAGCUCUCAAGGAGGAAGAAAGCUCCUAGAGGCAACAUAUUAGGCGCAACUGAGUUGCGGGGACCUGUCAAUUACAGUUAUAAAGACUUAAAAUCAGCAACAAGGAAUUUCAAAGAAGAAAACAAACUAGGAGAAGGCGGUUUCGGUGACGUAUACAAGGGUACUUUGAAGAAUGGGAAAAUAGUCGCAGUAAAGAAACUUGCUCUAAGCCAAUCCCGGAGGGCGCAAGCAGAUUUUGUUAGUGAAGUCACACUAAUAAGUAAUGUUCAUCACCGCAAUCUUGUUCGUUUACUUGGCUGUUGUAGCAAAGGACCAGAGUUACUUCUUGUCUAUGAAUACAUGGCAAACAGCAGCCUUGACAGAUUAUUAUUUGGUAAUAGACAAGGAUCCCUCACUUGGAAACAGCGAUUUGAUGUAAUCAUCGGCACAGCUCAAGGUCUUGCCUAUCUACAUGAACAAUAUCAUGUAUGCAUCAUUCAUCGAGACAUUAAACCCAGUAAUAUUCUUCUGGAUGAUGACUUCCAGCCCAAAAUUGCAGAUUUUGGGUUGGUAAGGCUUCUGCCUGAUAAUCAGACUCAUCUAAGCACCAAAUUUGCUGGCACAUUGGGAUACACAGCACCUGAGUAUGCAAUCCAUGGACAGUUAUCAGAAAAGGUGGAUACCUACAGCUACGGCAUAGUUGUCCUAGAAACCAUUAGCGGCAAAAAGAACAGUGAGAUGUUAGCUGAUCCUGGUUCAGACUACCUCCUUAAACGGGCAUGGAAGCUAUAUGAGAAUGGCAUGCAUCUUGAAUUGGUGGAUAAAAACUUGGAGCCAAAUGAAUAUGAAGCAGAAGAAGUGAAGAGAAUCAUAGAGAUUGCCUUAAUGUGCACUCAAUCCUCACCUGCUUUAAGGCCAACGAUGUCUGAAGUGAUUGUCCUGCUCAAAAGUAAAGGCUCGCUGGAGCACAGGCCACCAACGAGGCCUCCCUUUAUUGAACCUGACGAAAGGGUGGUCAUUCAUGAGGACAGGUCCAUCUCUACCGCAUCCUCUUCAUCAAACGCUACUACUUCUAUCACUCAGGUGUCAGGUCGGUAACCUUGCAGAUUCACAAAAUGUGAAGUGCAAGUUUUUGCUUAGAACCUUCAAGACAUAUCAAUCAUAGAUACUACGAAUCACAAUAUAUGUGCUGUUUUCUUUAUUAUGUAAUUAUCAUAUUCUUGUUCAGAAUUGGUGCUUUAACAUUGAAGAUUGUUAUGAUAGGAUAUACCAAAAUAAACAAAUGGAAAUGUCCCUUUCGCAGAA